AUGGGUAAAGGAUCGCAAUCGAAGAAAUAUUUUUCGGGUAGCUUACCAUCUUCUACUAUAACAUUUCAAGAACAUUGUUUGAGAAGUUCUAGACAAAUCAAAAUUUGGCUUGACGCUUUGGAGCCAUUCCUUAUAGCACCCGCAAUGUUUCGUAAUGGCUAUAAUUAUUCAAAUACUCAAGAUAAAAUGAAGAUCAAAUGGUCAACAUUAAAUGAUCAACUAACUGAUUACCGACUUGAAACUUGUGGUGAAUGCAAAGGAAGUUGUACUCGUUGCAAGUAUUACAAAAAUAAUUUAUCUUGCACAGUCUUUUGUAAAUGCAAUCAAGAUAUGUGUUAUAAUAGAAAUAUAUACGGUUCAUCAAGUCAACAACUAAAGAAUAAGUUCGACAAAUUGCAAGUAACAACAUCAUUGAUGCAAUAUAAUCGAAACGAUGAAAUGUCAACUAAAUCUGACCCUAUUUACUUGAAUGAUACGAAUAUCAAUGAAUCUCAUUCUGGCAUGGCUUUAGAUGAAUCAAAUAUAGACCCAGAGAUAAAAUAUUCUGAUACUAAUGUAACAAAUACACCAACGGGUCGAAGACUAUCAUCAGAAACUGUGAUGAAGUCAAAUAAUUCAAGAUUAAUUAAAUUUAUAUAUAAAAACAACGAGGUCGAAUUGAAAGUGAAUAUUAAUGUUCCACUUGAACAUUUAAUCAGUAACAUUAAAAUGUCAUUCGAUAUUUCGUAUGAUGCUGAUAUUCAAUUAACAGAUGUUAACAAAAACGUUAUUAACGUACCUGGUGUAACUAGUGAUCUCUGGAGUGUUAAUCAAGCAGAGAUACCGACUUAUCGAAUUAAGGCUGGAAAUUUUAAGUAA